UCCCCUUACAUCUGUAUCGUGACUCAAUGGACGCGGUGGACCUGUUCAGAAAGCUCGGAGCUGGAGCAAAGUUUGAUUUCAAGCGAUUUGGGAAAGAUGCAGAAAGGUUUAAGGUAGCGAGGUCUCAGAGCAAAGACGUUUCUAAGCCCUUAGAGGGGUUUAACUUCUUUGGCAUCAACACCCGAGAAGAGGCAGCUGUACACGAUGAUGAGAACGAAGAAGAAGAGUCAGAAGAGGAACAAUCUGCUGUCACACAAAAACGGAAACAUAGCAACAAGGAUGAAUCGUUGAGCAAACCGAGGAAGAAACAGAAAGCGAAUAAGGAAGAAACUAAUAAUGCAGAAAACAAGACUGAUGGUGGUGAGGAGGAAGAACUUGAGAACAGGGGGAUUCAGUGGCUGUCAUCACAAGACAAGAAGGCAAAAGGGCCUAAGACAAAGGCCAAAGACAAGCUCUCAAUGAAGAGAUUAAAACAGCUUCACAGUGAGAAGGUCAAUCAGAUCAGGCACAGUAACAGGAUAAAUGUGCAUGGCACAGAUGUCCCAGACCCUCUUAGCACGUUUGAAGAGCUUCAAAAGGAAUAUGGGCUGGACCCAAGGAUCAUUCAGAACAUCAAAGCAGCAGGCUUCCAAACGCCCACACCCAUUCAAAUGCAGGCCAUACCACUCAUGAUGCAUAGGCGAGAGAUCCUGGCAUGUGCCCCCACUGGCUCUGGUAAGACCAUGGCCUUCUGCUUGCCCUUGCUGGUCCACCUCCGCCAGCCACUCAACAAGGGCUUUAGGGCCCUCAUCGUAGCCCCUACCAGAGAGUUAGCCAGCCAGACGCACAGAGAGCUGCUCAAACUAUCAGAGGGAGUGGGCUUCAGAGUUCACAUGAUCAACAAAGGAGUGGAUGCAGCCAAAAAAUAUGGUCCCAAGUCAGCUAAGAAGUUUGAUAUACUGGUGACUACUCCUAACAGGCUGAUCUAUCUGCUCAACCAGGACCCACCAGCUGUUGAUCUCAGCAGUGUGGAGUGGCUGGUGGUGGAUGAGUCUGAUAAGCUUUUUGAAGAUGGCAAAAGUGGCUUCAGGGAUCAGCUGGCCACAAUCUUCCUGGCCUGCUCCUCUCCAAAGAUCUGCCGAGCAUUCUUCAGUGCCACCUUCACCACGGAAGUUGAGAAGUGGUGCAAACUCAAUCUGGACAACCUUGUCUGUGUUAACAUUGGACCCAGGAACUCUGCUGCAGAGACAGUAGAGCAGGAGCUUCUGUUUGUAGGCGCGGAAAACGGCAAGCUGCUCGCCAUGAGGGACUUGAUUAAAAAGGGUUUUAUGCCCCCCAUGCUGGUGUUUGUACAGUCCAUUGAACGAGCCCGAGAGUUGUUCCAUGAGUUGGUGUACGAGGGCAUUAAUGUGGACGUAAUCCAUGCUGACCGCACACAACAACAGAGGGAUAACGUAAUAAGCAGUUUCCGCUCUGGUAAGAUCUGGGUGCUGAUCUGCACGGCUCUAAUGGCCCGAGGUAUCGACUUCAAAGGGGUCAACUUGGUCGUCAAUUAUGACUUUCCCACCAGCGCUGUGGAGUACAUCCACCGGAUAGGCCGCACAGGAAGAGCAGGCCAUAAGGGGAAAGCCAUUACAUUUUUCACAGAAGCUGACAAACCUCUUUUGCGCAGCAUUGCCACAGUAAUAAAACAAGCUGGAUGUCCUGUGCCUGACUACAUGAUUGGAUUCAAGAAAAUAAAAAGCAAAGUCAAACGGCAGCUUGAGAAGAAGCCACCAAGGAGGUCAACAAUCCGCACAAUGCCUCGCUUUCUCAUCAAAAAGAAACCUGACAAGCGGAAAAGAAAAGAAAGAAAAGUUGAGGCACACUCGAAAGCAAAUGGAGUAAAACCAGAAGAAAGUACAAAUAACUGAAAUGGGGAAAUUGUGUCAUAUGUGUGUGUGUAAAAAUUGUGAAUUCUUUUCUGCCUGACCUCUGUUUCUAAUAAAAUUCAACAACUUACAA